AUGCAAUGGAAAGUAAUUUAUGUCACAGUAGGUACUACUAGAUUCGAUGAACUUAUAAGGGAAGUGGUAUCUGCUCGCGCUUUAGACGUUUUGGUGCGUCGAGGAUGUCAAAAGUUGGUCAUCCAAUACGGUCAUGGCAGACCUGUACAGAAUUCAGAAAACAUACUUCGGGAUUAUGGUAUAACUGUAGAACAGUAUGAUUUUAAACUCGAAAUGCCCAGGACUGACAUUUUAAAUGCAGGCCUUGUAAUUGGUCAUGCUGGAGCAGGAACUUGCAUGGAUAUACUAAAUCACGGCCGUGCGGGGAUUAUUGUUAUUAAUGACAGGUUAAUGGACAAUCACCAGAUUGAACUCGCGCAACAAUUGAGUGAUGAAGGCUAUCUAUAUUAUUCCAAUAUUGAAGGGCUUGUCGAAACUAUUAAACAAGCUAAUUUAGAAGAACUAAAACCAUACGAAAAGCGCAACAAUAUGGAAAGCUUUGUAAAAUAUUUGAAUGAGAUGAUUGGAACAUAACUGAUUUAAACUGUUAAGCAAAGUAUUAAAUUAAGUGUUUUGACUUGUUAAUUUGGUUACAUAUAUAUAAAUUUUAUUAUGCUUUAAAUGUGAAACGCAGAAAAUAUUUCUUUAUACAUGUAUGUAUGAUUUUUAAACAUUACAGUAAAAUUACAAAAUGAUAAAGAGCA